AUGCAUUUGGCUUGUCAAAAAAAUUUGGAAACACCAAAACUCAGCGGUAAUGGGCAGAUUAGGAUCUUUUUGGCCAUUACCACUGAGUUUUGAUGUUGCCAAAUUUUUUUGACAAGCCAAUGCAUCAUCGCAAAAGAAACAAUUUUUUUUAUUGCAUUUGGCUUGCCCAAAAAAUUUGGAAACACCAAAACUCAGUGGUAA